CGUGAAAAUUGUCAAACAAUUGGUGGCCAUAAACACUCUCCCUUUUCUGCUCAGCUCAUGGGGCUUUGAUGGGGAUGUACCCAGACAGGAUCCACAACACGACACUCUACAAAACAGUCGACUUUGCUCCUUGAACUGACUCAGCAAGAAUUUGGAUUGAGCUGAGUUCAAUGCGCGCUUUGUGUGGUUCCUCGGUCUCCACGGCAUCAUCAUUUACACACAAAAAUAUCCACAAUCUCCUGCCGUUUUGGAGAGCACUACAUACUAAACACACAUCAAUAUCUCAUGUUUAUUUUGAUCACCCUCAAAAUUAUUUGUCCUUAAACCCCUUUCUUUCGCUACUUUGAACAUCUUCUUUCCAUGGCGUCUAUCUCCAGAGUUCUCGUUAAAGAUUGUAAAUUCAAUGCCAAGUGUGCUCCCUAUGAAGCAACCCCUUCUUGCUUUCGUGCUAGGGGGAUCAAAACUCAUCUGGAUCUGAGGAGGGUGGUUUCUGCGCCUGGAAAUGGAAAGGCUUUUUCCAUCCAAAACGAGCAAUGUCGUCCUUUUGUUGCUCUUACAGUCUCUUCAUCCAUCCCCAGAGCUUCGAGGAGCUCCCAAAUUUUGUGCAAGGCAGCGACAAACAUAUCUGGAGAUGUCCCAAGUAGCACUCCUAGGGGGAUGACCCAGUACGAGAGAAUAAUUGAAACCUUGACAACACUUUUUCCAGUUUGGGUCAUAUUGGGAACUAUUCUUGGUAUAUACAAGCCAGCUGCAGUGACUUGGUUGGAGACAGACCUGUUCACCCUUGGCCUGGGUUUCCUUAUGCUUUCAAUGGGUUUGACACUGACCUUUGAAGAUUUCAGACGAUGUCUACGUAAUCCAUGGACUGUGGGUGUAGGAUUCCUUGCACAAUACUUGAUCAAGCCUGUGCUAGGUUUUGUAAUUGCAAUGAGUCUUAAACUCUCGGCUCCUCUUGCCACUGGCUUGAUUUUGGUUUCAUGCUGCCCUGGAGGUCAGGCAUCAAAUGUUGCCACUUAUAUAUCAAAGGGGAAUGUAGCUCUUUCUGUCCUUAUGACAACAUGUUCAACUAUUGGAGCUAUAGUGAUGACUCCGCUCCUUACCAAGCUUCUUGCUGGUCAGCUUGUUCCAGUUGAUGCUGCGGGAUUGGCUAUUAGUACUUUCCAGGUUGUGUUGGUCCCAACAGUUAUUGGAGUGUUAUCAAAUGAAUUCUUUCCGAAGUUCACUGCCAAAAUAAUCACUGUGACUCCGCUAAUUGGAGUAAUUCUGACAACUCUGCUUUGUGCAAGCCCUAUUGGGCAAGUCUCGGAAGUGUUGAAAACUCAAGGAGCACAACUUAUAAUGCCAGUGGCUAUCCUACAUGCUACUGCAUUUGCUCUUGGUUAUUGGAUUUCAAAAAUAUCAUUCGGUGAAUCAACUUCUCGUACUAUAUCUAUAGAAUGUGGAAUGCAGAGCUCUGCACUUGGAUUUUUACUUGCACAGAAACAUUUCACAAACCCUCUUGUAGCUGUACCUUCUGCAGUUAGUGUUGUUUGCAUGGCGCUUGGUGGAAGCGCUUUGGCUGUCUUCUGGAGGAACAGGCCGAUACCUGUCGAUGAUAAGGAUGACUUCAAAGAAUAAGAUUGUUAGUCCUAGUAAUGAUUCUUCUUCUCCUUAAGAAGGAUUUUGGACCAGUUCCCAGCAUAAAAUUCUUUUCAAAUGGAAAAUUUUUCCCUGGUGAACUUAGUUGUAGUAAUCUUUGAAGACAGCUGAGGUUUGGAAUAAAUAAAUUUCAUGAGAAGUGUUUUAUUCAAUUUGAAACAUUAAAUUAUAAAUUAUGAAA